AUGGCGGAAGUUAUGGAGAACUAUGUACUGUAUGCGGAGGCUUGUGGGGUGCUAGGUGAUAAGCCUGAGAAUGAAUCACAGGAAGAGGAGCUGCAGAUUACCAGUAAGAAGAUUGUGGAAAAAGCUGUUCUGCAGGCUGUGCAGCAGUAUACCCAAGAGAAAAAACAAAAGAAAAAGCCAGAAGCAAAAAAGAGUUCACAAUCUGCAAUCAUCUAA